AUGGCAAGUAUUGUUGAAAAAAUUUCUACAAAUAUUUCAAACAAUGCAACAGAUAUUUUAUCACUCAAUCCUAUUUUUCAAGAGCUCAUAUGUAUACAAUGUGGAAAACCAAAAGGGACAAGAUAUCAUCCUAUGUUUUUGCGAUGGGCUAUUUCUGUUUACAGUCGUGGAGGUAAUACUGCUUAUGAUUCUUUAAAGGGGAUAAUGCGUUUACCAUCAGUAUCAACCCUCAAGAGCUAUAUAAAUGAAUAUGAGCAAAAUUUGGCAUUAGAAAAUGUAUGGGGUCAUGGUCGAAUUGGAUUUUUUUCUCAUGAUUCUUUCAAAAUUCAAAAAGGACUUCUUUGGAGCCAACGUAGUAAUAGUUAUGUUGGUUACUUAGAUUUUGAAGAUGAAGCUCAAGAUUUAAAAUCAUUUGCUAUAAAUUGUGAAAAAGAAUUAAAUGCAAUGGGAAGCAAUACUAUUUCACCUGACCAUAUAUCAGAAAAAUAUGAACAUGGUCUGGCAACACAAGUUCACCAAAUUGUCUGGCAUUCAAUAACACAUAAUUUUUCUUUUCCAUUAUCAUAUUAUGGAGUUAAUACAUUGUCAACUCAUGAUCUGAAUACUUUAUUAUUUGGUCUUGCUGCAAAAUUGGAAUGCAUUGGAAUCCAUACUUGUGGCUCAGUUUGUAAUGGAGCUAGUGAGAAUCGAAAUCACAUAAAAAGUUUUGAUUGGUUUGCUUCGACCUGGUCUGUUGGUGAUAUUGUGGAAGUUGUUAUAGAAAAAGGUAACUCUUAUUCUGCUAAAAUCCUAAAUGCUAACAUUGAUCAUACAAAAUUUAUUGUCCAAAAGCUUGAUCAGGAAUUUACUGAAGGAAUCACUAUUGAUUGGAAAUUUUUAAGACCUGUUAUUGGAAGCCAACUCUCAAUUAAUGAAAAUAGAGAUCCAUGGUUUUUCAUUAGUGACCCAAUUCAUGUUUUCAAGAAGCUUCGUAAUAAUUUAUCAAAGAGUCAUACAGGACAAGGUAGUGAAAAAAAUGUGUGUGAAAUUAUGUUUGAUGGUAAAGAAGUCAGUUGGAAACAUAUUAAAGGAGUUUAUGAUUAUACUAGCUGUCAUGCAACAGCUAAGGCAACAAGGCUAACCAAACAUCAUAUCUGGUUAACAUCUUGGAGUAAGAUGUGUGUUGAUUUAGCUGAACAGACUCUUUCAAAGGAUGUUGAAAAUGCAUUAGAAGCUAUUGAAGAAUUGAAAGAUAUUUCUGAAGGAACAAGGGAUAUGUUAGAAGGAUUGUUUGGGACCAUUCAUGAACUCAGUGGAGACUCCUCAACACAAACAUUGCAAGGGUAUGGUCAUGCUUUAAAUAAAUAUCAAAUAACUGCAUUAGAAUCAUCGGAAGUUAAAAGUUUUAAUUAUGGAAAUGCAAAUAAUGUUGGUAGUGGGAUGCAUUUCCUAUCAAGAAGAGAUUAUCAAAAACAAAUGUCAAAUGAAAGCAAUCCAGCACUUGUCUCUUUAAACCUCCAUUCAUCACGCCUAGUAACUUUAUCUCUCCUAUCUCAAAAAAUUUUUGAAACUCUGCUCCAAGAUGAUCUACUUAUGGGAAGAAUUGCACCUCUAUCAAACUCAUUAAAUGAAUAUAUCAACAAUGAAAACUUAAGUAUUCUUAAUUCUAAUGUAAAAUGGUAUGAACUUAUUGAAUUUCUAAUUUAUCAUAAUUCUGUUGAUGUUUUAUUACAAAAUUGGCAGAAUGAAGUUAGACUGAUUGCACAAAGUGCAAUUCCAAAAAAAAGAGGAGUCAAAUGGAUGUUAAGAUGGAGCUCCAACUUAGAAAAUCAUCUCAACAAUUACUUGUGUUCUGGAACUUGGUUUGUGUAUUUUCAACAAGAAUUUCAAUUAUCACAAUUUUCACUUUCUGUUCAACGAAUUGUUGCCUUUUCAAUGUUGCAAAAAGUAAUUCUAGAGACAUUUAAAGGUAAUGGCACAAAAAAUGUUGAAUUUGAAAAAGGAGCAGACCCCAAUUUGUUGCCUCAAGUAAUUGUAAAUUUAGAUCCUGCAGAAGCUUCAAAAUUUGCAUAUAUUGUUGGAUGGGUUCUAUUUAAGCUUACAAAAGAUGACAAAGUAAUGAUGUCUCAUCCAAAAUUUGGAAUUAUGUGUUCUUUACUUAAGAAUCUUUGCUCAGAAAAUGUAGAAUAUGUACAUGAAAUUCAUUCACAAACAACAAAUAUCAUACCUGGACCAGAAAUCAUGGACUUCAUGUAUCAUUUUGAAUCCAUAAUAAUUCAAUUAUUUGAAAAACAUCAUGAGCUUGGUCCAAAUAUUUUACAUUACAUAAGAAUCAGCCUGUUAAAUAACUUACAUUUGCAUGAAAAAUUUUCAUCAUUAUUGAAAUUUGCAAUUCAAGAUAAUAUUAGUUCUGAAAAUUUUGAAUGUAAGUUGAUUUUGUCAAAUGAAGAUCUGAUUUUUUUAUUUGAAAAAUUAGUUUCUACCUACAUGAAAAGCUGGCAAAAAACAUGGAGACAACAUAAUGGUUACAUACCAGAGAAAGGUACAGCAAGCCUUAGGGAAAAUCUUAAGGUUAUGCGUUCAAAUAACCAGAAUCUUUCAAAUAAUGAGAAAGGUAAAAUAUCUAAUCAAAUAAAGAAAGCAAAUUUACCAACAGAUCCAAUGCUUGCAAUUGUUCAGCUUCGAGUAUGGGUACAUCUUGAAGAUGUGGAAAAUCAAUUUGCAAAAAAUUUUUUAGUUACAGAUCUGCUCUGGUUAUUAUGGGCAUUUGGAGUUAAAACAUCACAAAAAAGAAAGAAUACAUUGGUUCCUUUACUUAUAAGUCAUUUGAAAAGUGAAACACCUUUUAGUGAAGAAGCAUUAGCAAAAAAGAAUAUAUUUGCACUUGAGUAG